UGGCCAGUCCUGGUGUCUGAGUGAUUCCCAGGGCCCAGCAAAGGGACCAAGUCUCCAGAGCCCUGAAGACAAGGGGUAACACACCAAAAUAUGGACUCAUUUUCCACUCCACCUUCAUUGGCCGAGCAGCUGCCAAGAACAAAGGCCGCAUCUCCUGAUACCUGGCAAACAAAUGCAGUACUGCCUCACGAAUCGAUUGCUUCUCUGAGGUGCCCACGAGUGUAUUUGGGGAGAAGCUUCGAGAACAAGUUGAAGAGCGACUGUCCUUCUAUGAGACUGGAGAGAUACCACGAAAGAAUCUGGAUGUCAUGAAGGAAGCAAUGGUUCAGGCAGAGGAAGUGGCUGCUGAGAUUACUAGGAAGCUGGAGAAACAGAAGAAACGCUUAAAGAAGGAAAAGAAACGGCUGGCUGCACUUGCCCUCGCAUCUUCAGAAAACAGCAGUAGUACUCCAGAGGAGUGUGAGGAGACGAGUGAAAAACCCAAAAAGAAGAAAAACCAAAAGCCCCAGGAGGUUCCUCAGGAGAAUGGAAUGGAAGACCCAUCUAUCUCUUUCUCCAAACCCAAGAAAAAGAAAUCUUUUUCCAAGGAGGAGUUGAUGAGUAGUGAUCUUGAAGAGACCGCUGGCAGCACCAGUCUUCCCAAGAGGAAGAAGUCUUCACCCAAGGAGGAAACAGUUAAUGACCCCAAAAAGGCAGGCCACAGAAGUGGCUCCAAGAAAAAGAGGAAAUUCUCCAAAGAGGAGCCAAUCAGCAGUGGGCCUGAAGAGGCAGCUGGCAAGAGCAGCUCCAAGAAGAAGAAAAAGUUCCAUAAAGCAUCCCAGGAAGAUCAGAAUGCAAACGGACAUUCUCUGGGAGGUGGGACAUACCAUAGCCCAAGGUGACAUCUUCCACCCUGUGCCCUGUUCUCCAAUAAAAACAAAUUCAC